AUGAACACAGUGAGUAUACUGGGCACACUAUAUAAUCGACGAUUCGCUGACGAGACUCCAAUGCCAGAUCAGAUCUACCUGGAUUGGAUGGGGAGCUCUUUGCCCGGCGGAGGUGCUUACUACUUCGCCAAAAAGUCCGUCAAUGCCGACCGCGCUGCGAGAUUCGAAGCGGACAUUAAACGCAAAGCACAAUUAGCCGCGAUGGAAGCUGAAGACCGUCGAAAGGCCUCCGCGUCUGUACCCCAAGAAGUGCGAAAACCUACGGACGAUCCUUCCUUACAACGUGCCGGUGGAGUCCCGUUUUCUGGCAGAGACGAUGUAGCUUCUCCGAGCAGUGAAGCUGGUCAGGAUCCGGCGCCAACCAGACAUGAACCGGAAACGGAGGAAGAGAAAAUGCUUGAGAAAUCGAAAUACGAAGCUGCGCAGACAUUCCGACCUCCACGCGGGAAUCGGUUUAGUUGA